GAUAGUGAAAGUACACGUUGAAUGGUUGUUGACACUGAUAAACUCACAUGGCAAGCUAUACAGUAUACGUGUUCAUCUUAAUAGGAUUAUGUCUUGCAGCAAAAAAUGAAAAGAGUGGCCGAGAAUUUCUUGAAAAGGAGAAGAAGAAACUUGUAACAGAGAAAAUAAUAUGUUCUCUAAAGAAAAUUACAUUAAGGACUUUGGACAAUCAACGACUUACAGACAAGGCAACAAAAGUCCUUCCAUGUUAUAUUGAUGCACUGUUAGAAAAUCCAAAAGACUGGAAAAAAUGGACAAUAUUGGGAGAUUUAUAUGAAAGAGACUCAAAAACAACACAAGCAUCCUUUUGCUUUAAGUUAGCAUCUAAACUGAAAGGGCCUUUAAACACGUACAUUGAUGACUGGAGUUUUAUUGGCCCUUUUGUGAUAGGAAAAAUAGAAUGGGAUGGUGAUCCAUUGGAGGCAUAUGGUGGAAUAAGGAAUGUUUCAAAAUACAGAUACAGAAAAGGUGAACAUUUUUAUUCGGAGCUUGUCAAAGACGCUGUUAUAGAAUGGAAAACUUUCAAGCAAAACUCUGGUGAUAAUGGAAUUCAGAUUUCUCCUACAGUUCAGUGGAAUGAUUUGAUUAAUUCUCUUGGAUCAGUAGGAAUAACGGAAUGGCAAGGUUGGUUGUUAGGGGAACUUUAUAUAAAUGAGAGGGACCAGAAUGUACUUAUCCAAUGUUUAGGCAUACAUACUGUUUACAUUGAUGAUGUGCCUGUUGCUAGUGAUGUAUAUCACAGAGAAAAGUUCUGGUUCGGUGUUCAUCUAUCAAGGGGUGUCCAUACAGUGUACAUACAUUUAAGAACAAAGGUGACUGCAACCAAGAAGUGCACAUUUCAAGUAGAUUCAAGUCCAGUUAGAGUUUUAGAACCACAGUUCUUACCCGAUAUAAUAAAUGGGUACUUAUUUAGUAAAUAUAUAUCUAUUCCAAUAUCUAAUUAUCAUCAUUCCAAGUGGGUCAAGGUGACCAAAAUCAGUAGUGCACAAGUUGAAGUGGCUCUGGAGAAUCCUUUCAAUAUAGCACCAGGACAGACUGCUCACAUUCCAGUAAAGUUUAACAUAGAAAAUAACAUCAGCUCAAAAGAUUGUGAACAGUUUCAUUUGACAUUAAAAAUUAUUACUUCUGAAGGAGUAUAUUCGUUACCACUACGGCUAAGAUGUAGGAAGUCUGGCCAAUCAUUUCUGUUCACUUUUUUGGACCAUGAUGGGUCUAUUCAGCAAGCAGCUGCUGUGGAACCCAUCAAGCAAUGUGAUAGUAAGCUAUGUCCUGUUUUGCUUACACUGCAUGGGACAACUGUCCCUCCCCAAAAUCAGGCAGACAGCUACAAAAGGAUGGAAAAUGGUGAAUACAUCUUCGGGGUUGACAGAGCUUGGCUGCUGGCUCCAACCAGACAUGGUGCACAUAACUGGGAAGGACCGGGUGCCCUUACUGCCCUCUCGGCACUCUUUUCUUUGGGUGACCUGAUCAAGAGACAUAACUGGAUAUCACAGAAAAUUGAUCCAAAUAGAGUUAUCUAUGCUGGUCACUCCAUGGGUGGACAUGGAGCGUGGCACCUGGCUUCCCACUACCCUGACCGCAGCCUUGGUCUGGUCACCUUGGCAGGCUGGAUAAAGAAGGAAGAGUAUGGAGACAGUAAUCUUUUCUUUAGACAUGACAUCUCAGCGAGUCAUGUGGAUCCUGCCAUUAAGUUUAUACUGGAGGCUUGUAUAGCAGAAAAUGAUGUAGACAGACACAUCACCAACAUCAAAGAUGUCCCCAUUUUGGCAAGAAUUGGCGCUGAUGACAGGACAGUCCAUCCAUUUUUUGUGCGCAGAAUGCAUCGUCUAAUGAAAGAAAUAAAGGCCAAUGUAACUUAUGUGGAAGUCACUGGCAAAGAGCACUGGUGGUGGGAUACAAAGGAGACAAACGAUGGGGGUGUGGUUAAUGACCAGCAGAUUCGAGACUUCACUAAUGCCAGAUUUGCUGAAGAACAGUCACAUUGUCAGUUGGUAGAUGGAGAGAGAGACUGUAGUGAAGGGAAAGUCAACAUGUACACCAGAGAGGAUAUUAGAAACUUCACCUUGGUAACUUACAACCCUGCCCUUGGUGAUGGGCUUAAUGGAGUGCAGAUUUUACAACAGAUUGUUCCAAUGAGAACCAGCAAAAUUAGGGGUAGCAUUUCUAAGGACCUUUUUGAUUUGGAAACUGUGAAUGUUGCAAGAUUUAGCAUUCAAGAACCACCAAACAGGAAAACUAAUUUCAAACAGAAAGUAUUAAAAGUAGAUGGUAAUAAAAUUGGUGUACUAAAGGAAAAACAUUCCAAGGUUAACCUGUGCCAAACCAAAGGAAACUGGAAACUUUGCGAUGAAAGGAAUCUUCUUGGAAGAAACAGUUCAACUUAUGGACCGGCUAGACGAGUUGCAGAGCACAAAUUUGUCAUUGUCAUUGGUACAUUGGGAUCACCAGAGAUCUCUGCUAGACUUCAGUCAGCUGCAGUGUAUAUUGCUAAUUUAUUCUUAUUGACCUCUGACACCACUGUUCAGAUCAUCAAGGACAUUGAUGUGGACCCUGAAACUGUAGAGGACUCAAACUUAAUAAUCCUGGGCUCUGAAGAGGAAAACUUGCUUUCUAUUAGUUUUCUUGAUGAGAUCCCUAUAAAAGUGAAAGAACAAUCCUUUGGUCUUGAGAACUGUCAAUUUCAUGAGAAGAGAAUGGGGCUCCUGACACUGGCACCUCAUGGAAAAAGCAGACUGGCUUUGUUGAUACUGGGGAAUUCUGUGGAGGGUUUGAUGGAUGUAAUAUCCCUAGCUACACCCACUAUUCCUCCUAUGACCCGUUCACCAUUUUCCAACUUAUUGCCAGAUUAUGUCAUCACAGGACAAGAUUUUAAGCUGAAAGGACCAGGAGGAUUUCUCUGUGCUGGCUUUUAUGGGAAUAAUUGGGAAUACAGACAUGAAAUAUCUUCAUGUGUUUGUUGAGUAAUAUCAGAGAAUGUGAUUAAUCUAGACUUAAUUAAACAAUUUUUUUUAAUGGCAAUGAACAUGUUAGCUUGCCUGACUAUAGUGAAUUUUCCAGGUCAAAAAUGUCUGCAAUGUUUUCCACAAUUUCAACUACCGGUAUUUGUAAGAACUAAUUUAUCCUAAGUCACCUGAUGCUCCUCACUGGCUAACAUUCUUUAAGCUCAGCUAUAUUUUGUGUCAUAGAAAAUCUAACAUAAAUAAAAAAUAAACUGCCAUUAUUUUAAGAGAUAUGAAUUCAUCAUGCCUCCAUGACCAGACACUGUAUUGCUCCAGUAAUUAAAAAAAAAAUGAAUGAUUAAGAUAUUCUUGACAUGCAUCUGUGUACAGUUGUUUUCUAAUAAGCUGUAACUGGAGUUCAAUUUCCAAAUGAUUCUAAAAAUGUGUUAAGAAAAAAAACAAAACUAAUUUCAGACCUGUUUACUCUUACAAUUUUGCCGUAUUUUGUACGGAUUUUGAGUCCAAAAUACAUCUCAUGUUUUGCUAUUAUGAAAAUACGGAAAUUGGAAAUCUGUUCAUUUGGAUUUUAGCUGUUAAUUUUCGUUAUGAUCUGUCUCAGUUUGACACUUUUUAAUCUCUAAAAAUGAGAUAGAUUUCAAACAUUUAAGUGAUGUCAGGCUGCCAAAACGCGGUGGUUUAAAAAUGACAGAAACCCCUCGAAAGAAAACAAGUUAUGAUGUUUUUCUUUGUUAUUAAACCAUGUUUUGGUAAUCAGAAUGCACAUGUACUUGUUUUCUUGUAAUAUAUGUAAAAUCGAUGGAAAGUGAAAUCUUACGGGCAAAUGCCAAAUCUCACUGACAAAUCUAAUAAAAAAUACUGAGAGACAACAAUACGGGUAAACAGGUCUGUAAUUUAUGUACACUGGACAAAUGUUGUUGCAUAAGGUGAGCUACAUGGCCUAUUGAUCUCUUGUUUUUCUACUGCUUAUUUUACCUUCAAUGUAUGGAAGUUUUUUUUAAAAAUGUUUACCGUUUAUACCAUUUGUAUCACAUGUUUUCAUUUUAUUCUGCUGUAUUACACAUGAAUAUGCAAAGCUAGUCUCAAUUUUUUUAUUCAUUGAAAAUUUAUUAUUUUGAUGUAUGUGUUUGUGGGAGGGGAAAGUAUUUUUUCUGCUCAAGAAAGAGAGGUAUGAAAGAAGUAGAUUUUUUUAAAGUGAGAAACUAAAUUUUGAGGCCAAAAUAAACCAAUGCACAUUUUUGAGGUUUGGUAAUGGUCAUGUGUGGUUUCAAAGGGAGAAACAAGCAAGAUCACUAAAUAUUCAUUUAUAUUACAAACUAUAUGCAGGGUUAUUUUCACCUGACAGUGUGUUAUUUUUACCCUUUCACACUUCCAAACAAUUUUGUUCCAUUUUAAAUUCAGCCCAGACACAGUUGUAUAAAGCAGUUUAUGCUGUUUUCUUUAAAUCCAUCCCAAAUUAAAUAUGUCCCCUUUCAACAAGGGUGAAGAGGUGAAAAUUUCCAUGCAUAUAGCAUACAGUCAAAACUGUCUAAUCUAACACCUUUUCAAUCUCACUGUGAAUUCCAACUUUUUUUUUUUAUAUUUUUCCAUGUUCUUGACACUGUGCAAUCUGGCACCCUGUCUAUUCUGACAUAAAAUCUGUUUCUUAAUUAUUGCAUUCUGAUUAGAGAGGUUUCACUUUAUAAUGUUGAACAUAGUCUUGUCUUCAUCAAUGGUCAUCUAUAAGAUAUUUUGCAUGAGUCAUGAAUGAUACUACCAUUUUUCAUCGUGAAUAAUGUACUUGUGUAUAAUAACCAUUUGAAAUAUUAUCUGUCUGCUGGCAGUAAAUUUUCAUUUACAUUUACCUAAUACAUGUAUGAUUAUAUCUUGUCUUUUACUUUAGGGUGCAAGUUUUAAGAAUAAGUCUUGCAAUUUUCAAAUGUUGCGUCAUGAUUUCUUUUUUUAAAUUUGUAUUGAAUUCAAUAUGGUGCCGUUGUAUUCAAGUUAUGAGUUAUUUUGAAAUAUUUACAUUUUUUUAACUAAGCCAGCAAUGAAAUUGAUUUGAAAUUGAUGAAAUUGGGAGAAACGUGUUGCAGUGACAUCAAAAUGAUGUGAUGGAAAUGUAAAAAAAAUAUAUAUAUAACGAUAUAAGGCAGCAAAAAAUUCAAAUACUGAGUGUAUGUUGUUGGUUUUAAAGCUUUAGAAUGUAAAAAUAAAUAUAAGGAAUAUUUUUCAGUUUGUGAAUGUUAUUGGUGUGCAAAUCACACAGACUUGCACAUAGGCACAUUUUUUAUGAAGUGCUAGUGUGCUUCAUGAAAUAUGCCUGUGUGACAAGUCUGUGUGAUUUACACACCACUAACACUCGCAAAUCUAAAAAACAAUCCGUAAAUGUAGUCACAUAUCAUUAGUUUGUUGUUGUUUUAGUUGUUGUUUCCACAAUUUAUUUAAUUGGACCAUGUCUCAGAAAAUUAUGUAUACAUUGGAGAAAAAAUAAUGCAUAAAAAAUUUCAAUACUUACAUACUAUAGCAUAA